AUGGAGUUUUUUCUACUAGUGGUUGCUACCAGGCCAAUGGUUCCCUGGGAUAAGAUGGUGUGGAAUAGGCUCAAUAUUUCAAAAUACAUGUUCAUCUGUUGGCUUGCAUUUCAGUGUAGAUUGCAAACAACUGCAAAAUUUGCUAGAAUUGGAAUUAGUUCCUUCCCUAAUUGUUUGUUGUGUGGACAGGAUGAUGAGGAGCAUGGUCAUCUAAUCUCCAGGUAUCCUUACAUUAGCAGAUGUCUUGCAUCACUAAAGAGGUGGAUGGGAAUUCAGAGUUCCCCUACUACUUUGCAGAGACUUAUAAGGAAUAUUUCUCAUGGUAAUGGCUCAAAAUUCAAAAGGAAUGUCAUGUAUGCAGGAGUAGCUGCCUUGGUCUACUUAGUUUGGAGGAGUAGGAACUGCAGUUUUUGGGAUAAGGCUUUCCCAACAGUUCAAAAUGUAAUGAAUGUCUUGAAACAACUUGUAAGGAAAAUGGAAUCACAAUCUACUGCUGAAAAUGUGUUUGCUCCAACCAUUCUGACCACGAGCUCCCAAGUGGCUCCGUUAAUGGUGCCAUCUAGUUUGCCUUCGAUGAAGCAUAAACGUAACGCUCUAAUUUGGCAACAUUUUACCUUUAUUGAGAAAAUGGAAGGUGAUAAACAGGUUUGCUUUGCUCAAUGUAACUAUUGCCCUAAGCAAUACAAGGCAUAA